GCGUGCGGAGUGCUGCGUUUCGGGACUUGUAGUUUUCCCAGUGGAAGUCGCGGUUUGUGUGCGGCCGGGCGCUGGAGGCUCCGCCGCCAAGAGCAAUAGGACUGAAGCCCCAGAGGGAAGUCACUUACCAGAGAUGUAGGAGGCUCUUGGGAUCAGACCUUCCAGCUCCCUGGACGUGACCUUCCAGCCGCCUCUCAUGUGCUUGUCAGGUGGGGAUUUGUGUUGAUCAGGAGUGAAUUUACAGUUGCUGUACAAUGAACUGGAAGGUUCUUGAACACGUGCCCCUGCUGCUGUAUAUCUUGGCAGCAAAAACAUUAAUUCUCUGCAUGGCAUUUGCUGGAGUGAAAAUUUACCAAAGAAAAAGAUUGGAAGCAAAACAACAAAAACUGGAGGCUGAAAGGAAGAAGCAAUCAGAGAAAAAAGAUAACUGAAGAUUCUGCAAUGUAAAUGUCAGCUUGUGUGGAUUCCGGCUGAGAAGAAAGAGAAGAGAGACUUAAUCAUUGAACAGUGUAUGAGAGGAUAAACCCCCAACCUAGACCUUUCACUCAAAAUAGUGUAAAUUUGUAUAUGCUUUUGAAAGAACCAGUAUUAGCCGGGCAUGGUGGCUCACGCCUGUAAUCCCAGCACUUUGGGAGGCUUAGGUGGGUAGAUCGCUAAGAGGUCAGGAGUUCAAGACCAGCCUGGCCAACAUGGUGAAACGCUGUCUCUACUAAAAAUACAAAAGUUAGCCAGGUGUAGUGGCACACAUCUGUAAUCCCAGCUACUCUCAAGGCUGAGGCAGGAGAAUUGCUUGAA